AUGGAGCGCGUCCUGUGGACCCCAGGACCCUGCUCUGGGAGCCGCCGAGACCCAGGAGACAGAGUUGUGACGCUGGGUCUGGCCAAGCCUUUGUUCAAAUCCGCACGGAGCCUUCCUGCUGUGGAGACCUCGGCCCAGGUGGCCCCUCAGACCUACGCCGAAUACGCCAUCUCGGGCCCUCCGGGAAGGGCUGCAGCCACAUGCCCCGCAGAGCCACACCCCCCGGCAGGAGAGGCCCCCAACCAGGCCCUGAAACCGGGGGCAAAAUCCAACAGCAUCAUCGUGAGUCCCCGGCAGAGGGGCAACCCCGUGCUGAAGUUCGUGCGCAACGUGCCCUGGGAAUUUGGCGACGUGCUCCCGGAUUACGUCCUGGGCCAGGGCACCUGUGCCCUCUUCCUCAGCCUCCGCUACCAUAACCUCCACCCAGACUACAUCCACGGGCGCCUGCAGGGCCUGGGGAAGAGCUUCGCCCUGAGGGUCCUGCUGGUCCAGGUGGACGUGGUAAGCAGGGGUCGCUACCCAGCGGGCCUCGGUAUUCUGCUCUGGGAAAUGGGGAGCCCCGAGGAGGCUGGGCGGUACCUGGAGACCUACAAGGCCUACGAGCAGAAGCCGGCGGAUCUGCUGAUGGAGCGGCUGGAGCAGAACUUUGUCUCCCGGGUGACCGAAUGUCUGACCACCGUGAAAUCAGUCAACAAAACAGACAGUCAGACCCUCCUGGCCACUUUUGGGUCUCUGGAACAGCUCAUUGCUGCAUCGCGGGAAGACCUGGCCUUGUGCCCAGGCCUGGGGCCCCAGAAGGCCCGGAGGCUGUUUGAUGUCUUCCACGAGCCCUUCUUGAAAGUGCCCCGAUGA